AUGCUGGAAUUCAGCAUUUUCUAUCAUCCCCAAAACGCCUACUGUAUAAUGGUCGACCAGGGUGCGAACCGAAAGUUUAAGAAUUUUAUUGCAAAACUACCUUCAUGCUUUAAUAACACAGCUACAUUUUAUCUAUCUGGAGCAGAUCUACCCCUCCGCACCAAUCUCGAAAUGGUGCGCAUAAUGAUUGCGUUGAAUGGAUCAAUCAAUACGGAUGUUGAAGAGUUCGAAACGGAUCGAUAUCGCUUGAUGGAGGGUAUACAUCCGCCUGUUCCAUUGUACAAAUCUGCAAUGUCAGUAGCUAUUCCACGUCGAGCAGCGAAAUUCAUGUCAAAGAGUAAAAAAGUUAAAGCACUGCUGACCUAUUUGAACGAGACAUGGGUUCCCGAUGAAUCGUUCUGGACGACCCUAACUUUGAAUUCAGGGCGUAUAGCCAGCUGGUCAUGUGUAUUCGGCGUUUUGGACAUGCCUGAAGUGGUGCGUCGGCCAGAACUUGUUGCUCAUAAGGUCUAUCUCGAUCAGCAGCCGGCAGCUUACUUGUGUUUACUUAAGGAAAUACGUAGGCGAAGUCAUAAUCCGAUCGAAUUCGAUGCAACCAGUUACGCCGAAAUGCCAACUGUCGAGUUAAGUAAUGGUAAAAGAAUCACGGAACUCAAGCAUCCAGACUGGUUAAUGCGAAGUUCAUUUUAUCGUCGAUGA